CAACUCUUCCCACCAACAACUAUUCGAUCAACCUUCGACAGCUUUCAUCGUCGCCACCACAAAUAGCGACCCUCUCUUACUCCCGAAAUCUCGAUUAUCUAGAUCCUAAGAUACACAGAAAAACGCCAAGAUGCCGAAAGCAGAGGUCGGAUCGACCAAAUACCUGAGCAACAAGCUCAAAUCGAAGGGACUACAGCGCCUUCGCUGGUACUGUCAGAUCUGCGAAAAACAAUGUCGCGACGCCAACGCAUUCAAGAUGCACACGCAAAGCGAAUCGCACACGCGGAAAAUGCUACUCGUCGGCGAGGAUCCGAAAAAGUACAUUGACGAAUUUAGCAACGAGUUUCUUAAAGAUUUUACACAGCUACUGCGAACGUCGCACGGCGAGAAGGCGGUGAAUAUUAAUCACUUCUACCAGAAUUAUAUCGCGAAUAAGGAACAUAUACAUAUGAAUGCUACGAAAUGGCAUUCGCUUACUGAGUUUGCGAAACAUUUGGGCAGGGAGGGCAUUUGUCGGGUGGAGGAGAAUGAGAAGGGUAUUCAUAUUGCGUGGGUCGAUGAUUCGCCUGAUGCGCUGAGGAGGAAGGACGCGGUGCGUAGGAAGGAGAUGCAGGAUAAGGGGGAUGAGGAAAGAGAACAGAUGAUGAUCCGGGAACAGAUUCGUCGCGCGAAGAAAGAGGCGGGUGAUAAGGACCAGGAUGAUGCUGAGAAUAUGGAAGGGAAGGAACUUAAGAGACAAGAGGGGGAGAAGAUUAAGUUGUCUUUUGGCACAAAACCUGCUGCUCAAUCUGCGAAGAGCGCAUCGCCGGAGAAGUCGACAUCGGAGGCAGCAGGUUCACCACCGAAAGAGGGAGAACAGGAGAAGACCGAUUCAACGCCCUCGCAAGCGCAGCCCACCGCCGGCGCUGAUAAACCUGCGCCAGCCGCAGCACUUAUCUCGCUCAAGAUGGCGGCGACACCACAACUGAAGAAUGUAUUUGCGGCUGCGAAAAAGAAUGCACUGGCAGGUGGCUCGAAAAAGGCGCCUGCAUUUGGACAGCCGAAGAAGAUGAGCGAGGCGGAGCGUAUUAUGAAAGAAGAGAUUGAGCGUAAGAGAGCAAGAGAGGGAUCAGGAAGAGAUGGGGGUGCGAAGAGACAGAGAACGUAAGGGCAGUUGAUAUUUGAAAGAGGGAAGAGGAGGAAGCAUUGAUAAAGCAUUGAGAAUGACGUUCUGGUAUACCAUCGUGGCAUCAGAAGUUUUAUAGCAUCGGCGUUUAGGAUUACAUGCAUUCCCGUUGAAGAAUGGUACCAACAUAUUUGAAUGCCAGAUUAUCGCAUUUACAAUAGAUUGCAACACGGAAUUACUUCCGUAUUUCUUCAAUCCUUUGUAAUAUCUUAAUUCCCCCAAAACUACAACUCCUAUAUUUUACGUAGGGCAACGAUUGCCUAUAGAAUAUUCUACCGAACCCUUACGUGGGCCUAUCGGCGCCGCGUCAUCGGAAUAUGCACGACAGCGAUUUGAGGCUCCAUCUUAAUCUGGGCGCGAACCGCUUUUCUGGAAUAAUGUCACAUUGCCUUUUUCUACUUGUUCUAACCUCCUGCCGAAAACUUCUUAGGGCUGAGCUGGCGGUGAGGUAUAUUACCUGGCCAGCAUUACACUCAUUCCUUUGUUAGGUUAAGAAGAGGAGUCAUAUUAUAUAGCAUCGUCAUCCUUUGAGUGGUGUACUAUACCACACGCUACACCAUCAUAAUGAAUUGGGCAUGGUAUUAUCAAUCGCCGCAUGAAGUCCUAGAUCAUGUAGGCGGAAUUGUUAUCGCGAUGUCAUCAUCCAUCUCCAACGACAUACAUAGAUAAUAUUAAAUGCAUUUGAAUACGCGUUUUGCAC